AUGGAUACGACGUGUUUGGUGUUAACUUGGAUGGGAUCUAGGGUUCCAAUAGAAACCAUCGAAGAAGACGGCGAAUUCGAUUGGGAAGCAGCAGUCAAAGAAAUCGACUUGGCUUGUCUAAAAACCACAAACGCUCAUCCACCAAUUACGGAAAAUCUCACUAAACCACCUGCGAAAAGACAAUCUACUCUCGAUAAAUUCAUCGGUAGAACCGAACCUAAACCAGAAAAUCAUCAAGUUGUUUCUGAGUGUGGUGGUAAUGAUAACGAUAAUAGUCUUUUAGUUGAGAUUGAUCCUGAGGCAGCUAAAACUUGGAUUUAUCGAGGUUUGUUGAGAUUGUUAACUUUCUGA